AACUAGGUUUUUAGCUGAUAUUAUAUUAAAAUCUACCUAAAUUUUUAGUAACAAAAUCACUAUGGGAGAAGUAUCAUUUGAAACAAGUGCCUACGCUAAAAUUAUACUACAUGCAGUGAAAUAUUCUCAAUGUGCUGUGAACGGAAUACUUCUAGCGGAUGGAAGCAAAAUAAAAGAGGGAUCUAAAAACCCAGACCUCAAUAUUGUGGAUACGAUGCCCUUAUUUCACCAUAGUCAUAGUUUAUCGCCAAUGGCCGAGGUCGCUCUAACACAGAUUGAAGCAUUAGCACAAGCCGAUAACCGUGUAAUAGCUGGUUAUUAUGCAGCCUGUGAGAACUUUAAUGACAAUACUGUGGAGAAAUGUCCUGGACAAAAGAUUGCUGAGAAAAUUGCUGAACACUUCCCAUCAGCAGUGUUUAUUGUGGUGGACAACAAGAGGUUGGUAAGACAUCUGGCUUCACCAGCAAUAAAGAUAUACAGAUACAGUGAGGGAAAAUGGAAACCACAGGACACAAAUAAAGUGUUAUUCCAAACACCCCUAGUGCUGGAGACAGUGUCCCAUCUCUUACAAUGGGAAGUGUACAAAGAGUUAGUUGAUUUUGACAAUUAUCUGGAUGAUCUCACACAAGACUGGAGCAAUCUGGGAAUUGAGAAAGUGGUAGCAAGCAUUAAUGCCGUUAAUACUAUAGAUAGUAAGUAAUAAUGGUAUGUUUGGUUUGAGUGCAACUAUGGUAAAUGUCAUUGUAAUUGACGCAUUUAUAUAAAAUAUAAGUUUAUUUAUCAGUUUUGGGAUUGGCAUUGAAAAUUAUGAAAUAAAAUUAUGUUUUUUAACACAGUUCAUCUUACUAUAAAGUGAAACUAUUAAAAAAAAAUUAAUAAAAGUUAAAUGGGAUUUAAAACAAAGUCUUGGGUGGAGACAGUGCAAGUUUCAAAUGUUUUGUGGUCAACUUAGAAUUACAGGCUGAGGUAUGUUUUGUGCAUUGUUUAAUGUCUACAUUAAGAAUUUUGAUAAGGUUUUAGCUAAAUAAGCACUUCUUAUGUUUAAUUUAACAAAACUCUUGUAAAGUAUUCAUCAUGUUGGAGUAAAAAAACAUAUUUAAUAUAUAAAACCCGUGAAGGUCUCUUGCUAAUAUUCUGUACAGAUAAAGUAAUUCUGUGCUGGUAUGAAGUUGUUCUGGUAGUUUUCUAGACAACUUAGGCUAAAUAUGGAAAUAUAAAUGUGUGUCCAUUUUAUUGUGUAAGUAUUGAUUAUUUUUAUUUACUUGUGUUUUAUAUACAAAUAUGUUUAUUCAAUAAAAGAUUAUUACCACGAAUACUGUUAACUGGUAAUGUUUUAACGUAACAAUGGAAAACAUGAAAAUUAUAUUUAAUUACAGCAUUACAUUACAAAAUGGUCAUUUUUUCAACAUUCGAAUACUAUGGAACUGUAUACAAAUAAAAAUUACCACUUCCUUAUGAUUUCAAUUUGAAUUUUGUUAACAUAUUGUUUAUAACUACACAAUGUGAUGUCGAAUUUAUUUUAUUGAACGUGCAUAUCUCAGGUAUAGACCGGAAGGUAGUAACACAAAAACUUGCGACGAUUUGUAUCAGGCUUCUCGAGGGCCUGUGCGUGAAUACUCUAUAUAAAAAUUUGCCUGCCAUAAAUGGUUAAAUUGUUUUUUUUUUUCUUUUCUUCCUCUAAUUCUCCCACAAAUUAGAUAUUGCUCUUGAUUGGGCCACUGGUGCCAGUACUAUGAUCAUUAUUUUCCUUUGUUGUUACAUAAUAAAAGCCCCUGUCUGAUACAAAUCAACAAUUUUUUUGCGUUAUCUCCUUCCUGUUCCUAGAGUUACUGGACUAAUUUAAAAAUUCUAAUACUAUUGUAUGUGAUCCCUGACUGCUAAAGUAUAUAUAUAACAUGGGCCAAGUCAGGGCUGUUUUUAGUACCAAUAUAGUAUAAGUUUGUUUAAAUAAAAACAUAUUUCAAAACACA